AUGCGAUUAUCUUCACAACGACGCCGACCGGCGCGACGCCCUCGGCUGAUCAAUUCGGCUGUUGCGACUCUGGCAUUUUUUGCCCCCUCAAGUACAUCCGCCUUUAAUAUUACUGCAGCUCCUGCCGCGGACCUCGAUUUCUCACAGCUGGGCAGCAUAGGCAUUGCCGGAGACUUCAACGGAAUCUCACUCUAUCAGUUCCAGGAGCAAAUCGCACAACCUUUGAGCACAAAUGGCAGCGAAUACCUGCUCACACAGCUGCCGAAUGGCGUCCUUGCUCCCAUUGCCGCAACCGACGCGUCUAUUCUGGCCAUGUGCUCACUGACACUCAAAGAUGGCGCCGAGGGCGUGGUGCUUGGAGGAAAUUUUACGAGCAUGGACGGCAUCAAGUCAACGGCCAUCGCCAUCUAUAAUGCGAACACAACAACUUUUACGCCACUCACGGGACUGGAAGGCGAAGUCAACGCUCUAUUGUGUGAUGAUUCCAAGGGAACUGUGUAUAUUGGUGGAAAUCUGAAAGGGGGUAACUCGACAAAUGCCAUUGCAUGGAAAGUGGACGGUGGCUGGGCAAACCUACCCUUUGCCGGCUUCAAUGCCCCUGUGAGCUCCAUCACAAAAGCCAGCAACGGGCAUGUUAUUUUUGGCGGAAGCUUCACUGGUCUAGGCAACGUGACUGCACCAAAUAAGCUUGAUGGCCAGGCUAUCAAUCUGUCCACGGCAAAUAUCUCGGCUGAGAAUACCGCAGUCACGAAAGGUUUCGACGACCCCAAGAGUGUUGUCUGUUCUGAUGGGUCUACCGGUUCCGGUAAGACCUGGUUGCUGCAGGACGAGACUCCUGGCACAUGGCAGGCGACUUUCGACUUUGGAUUUGAGCCCACGAAGCUGCGGCUUUGGAAUACGCAUCAAGAUGGACGGGGCACAAAAACAUUCCGCUUCGUCGCUUUACCGCUCGACGGCAUCAUGAACUUUACCUACAUCGAUCCUGCGACUGGCAAAAACUCUAGUUGUACAAGCGAGUGCCCGCUAAGCAACGACCCCAAAGUGAAAUUCCAAGACUUCCAUUUUGUCAAUAGGAUUGGCAUGGACUCUUUCCAGAUUGACAUUUCAGCCUGGUACGGAAAAGGAGCCGGUCUUAACAGCGUGCAGUUGUUUGAAGAUGACAUCUUCUCCUUCGCCGUCAACUCAUUCAACCAGCCGUCCUGCAACACCACUUUCCCUUCCAGCGCCACCUCCACAGGGCCUUUCAAGCAGUCGGCUUCUCUACAAAGCGAUUCAAAGUAUCUGACAGCACAGCUUUCAAGCCCCAUCACAUCGAAAUCUGCAUCCGUUGUUUUCGUGCCCAACAUUAUCGAAUCUGGCAACUAUUCCGUCAACAUGUAUACUCCUGGCUGCAUAGCAGAUAACUCGUGCCAGACUAGAGGUCGCGUUAACAUUACCGGCCUCAUGUCGACUGGCACUAUUCAAUCAGACUUCACUACUUCAAUCUUCCAAACCAACGACUUUGAUAAAUAUGACCAAAUCUAUUUCGGUUACAUUGAAAAGACCUCGGAUACGUUCAAGCCAAAAGUCACACUUACCCCCCUUGAUGGACAAGAUUUGAGCGAAAUGACCUUCGUUGCUCAAAAGGUUGGAUUCACCCUUCUUAACUCGACGGGGAAUCUCAACGGCCUCUUUGAUUUCGACCCGAGCAAGACAAAGAUUAGUGCGGACAGCUUGGACGAUUCGCCGGUCAACCAACUUGGCGCAAGCUUCGAUCAGAACACUGGCGUUAACUCCCUAGCAACAGCGGGAAAUGUAACCUUUAUCGGCGGUAACUUCACUUCGGAUGCGCACCAGAAUUUCGUCGCCAUCGAUACCAGCGGCAAGAUUAUGGACAUCAAUGGCGGUCUCAAUGGCCAAGUGCUGGACAUGUAUCUUCAAGACACGCAGUUAUUUGUGGGAGGAGACUUUACAGACCUGCGAAUCAAGGGGAAAAGCGGCCUUAACCACGUCGCUGUGUAUGACACCAAAAGUCAGGCUUGGAACCCAUUGGGCGCGGGUGUGAACGGCAGAGUCGAGCAGGUUGUGGCAUUCCAAGUUAAUAUUAGCAGCGUUACCGAAAAUGCCAUUGCCCUAACAGGUUCCUUCACUGAGUGUGAAGCUUUUGGCAAUUUCGAGGCGUUGUCUGUUGACGGCUUUGCGGUUUGGAUGCUAUCGGAAGGGAACUGGCUACAGAAUCUGCAAGGCGAAACCCCCAAUUUUGGUGGCAUGCUCACUGCUUCUCAAUUGAAUCUCACCACUGGCAAUUCCCUCUUUGCAGGCUCCAUGGAGUCUUCACAACUGGGAGCAAAUGGCGCUGUCACCUUGGCUGAUAAAGGCAUUGGCCAUUUUCCAGUCAACAUUCAGCCCAGAGUGCAGUCAUCGAGCAACAAGCGACGACGUGAUCUCUCUCCUGAACCCACGUCAGGUGUUCUCGCAGGCACGUUUUAUACCGGAAACAGCACCAAUAUCACAGUCCUCGCGGGCCACUUCUCAGCUCGAUCUCCCAACGGCACUACAAUUAACAACCUGGUACUCAUCGAUGGCUCAAACAAUGGCACCAUUAGUGGGCUCGGAUCCGGAAUAUCCUCCGAGUCGGUGUUCACCUCUGUUGCUCUUCUCGGGAGCGUCCUUUACGCUGGCGGCAACGUCACUGGCACUGUUGAUGGCAGCGGUAUUGGUGGACUCAUCGCUUAUGAUAUUGAAGCCAAGUCCUUCUCCAAGCAGCAACCUGCGUCACUACAAGGUGGAAACCACACAGUCUCCGUCGUCACUGUUCGACCGGAUACUACAGACGUCUAUGCAGGUGGCUCAUUUCAGAAAGCAGGCGCGCUAGACUGCCCUGGUGUUUGUACGUAUGAUACCAACACUGCUCAGUGGUCCAGGCCCGGCACCACUUUGGCUGGGCGAGUUAGCAGCUUCCUGUGGUACAGCAAGAGUCAAUUGAUUGCUGGCGGUGAUCUCCGUACCAACGGUAGCGACACAAGAUUCCUUGCCCUAUACGACGCCGAGAAGCAGACUUGGACGGACUUUGCAGGUGCUACUCAGAUCCCCGGCCCUGUCAACGCCAUCACGGCCGGCUCAAACGACAAUAGUCAGAUCUGGGUCUCGGGCAACUCACCGAAUGGAUCCGCCUUUAUCAUGAAGUAUGACGGCAAACAAUGGCAGAGCCCUGAUGUGCCACCUCCUCAGGGCAGCAUUAUACAGAGUCUGCAGGUUUUUACGGUCACCAAAGCUCAUGCCUCGUCGAAUCUUCUUGACGAUCAGCAAGUAUUGAUGCUCACCGGUUCUAUGCCCUUUGCCAAUGUUGGAAUGGCUUCGGCCGUCAUUUACAACGGCACCGACUACCUCCCUUUUGCUCUGACCAGCACUGAUACUGGAGCUGGAAGUAUUGCCAGGAUAUUUUCGCAAAAAGAUAACUUCUUUACACAUAGCAAAAAACACUUGGCACUUGUCUUCGUCGUUCUAAUCGGCCUUGCCAUUGCACUGGCACUCAUUCUUAUCCUGGUCGCUUCAGGAAUCAUUCUUGAUCGGAUACGCAAGAAGCGCGAAGGAUAUACGCCAGCACCAACCUCCAUGUAUGAUCGUGGAAGCGGCAUUCAACGGGUCCCGCCGCGUGAACUGCUGGAGCAACUCGAGAGGAGCCGACCUGGCGAGGCCCCGCACGUAUGA